AUGGAGACAGACAUCGCCACAAAAGAAUGCGUCAUUGUGUACGCUCAUAUCUUGCAAAAAGGAAGACCAGCGAAUAUACUGAUUGGACACAUUGAGGUCGAGCAUGCCCAUGCCCAAGGAGUUUAUGCUGCCUCAAAGAAAGCAUUUGCUGCUCUUGGGGACCAGUGCAGUAACUGGUUGGAGAAAAUCAUUGCUAUGGGGGCUGAUGGUGCUGCUGUUAAUUUGGCCAGCAAAGGGGGUGUCAUAGUCCUUCUGCAGCAGGAGGCAGGUGACCACAUUGUGCCAUUCCACUGUAUGCCUCACAGAUUGGAAUUGGCAAUGUUGUCAGUUCAGAGGGACAUUCCAAUGAUCAGGCAGUUGUAUGACCUUCUCCAUUUAAUUUGGAAGACGUAUCGUUUCAGCCCAAAAUCAAUGAGAGAGCUCAGGGUCAUUGGGGCUGACUUGGGAGUAAAUGCGCUGGUGCCCAGUGGGGUGAAGGGAACAAGGUGGCUCCCACAUGUUUCAAGGGCCCUGGAGACCUUUCUGAAACCAGGGCAGUUCACUACUGUGUACCGCCACAUGGACUAUUUGGCAGGUUCCUCUGCCAAUGCAGACAUUGCAGGCCAAGCUACGAAGGUUAAGAAAUCAAUGGAAGAUGCCACUUUUGUGGCCUUUUGCCAUUUUAUUACAGAUGUGUUCAGUGGCAUUAGUAAGUUUAGCCUCCUACUUCAAAGGAAUGAUGUCAUCCUACCACAGGUCGUUUGCAGCCUGGAACAACUGCUGGUGACCACAGAGGUAAUGGUUGCAAGACCCAAGCCUCAUGGAAGACUGUCAGAGUUCCUGACUCAUAUGAGGCUGCAGAGGAGGCAGCAGGAUAAAGAGGGUGAAAUGGCAGUGUACAAAUUCCAGACAAUAACACUUAAAGGAGAGGCAUCAAAUCUGGCUGAAGAUGGUGUUGCUGCCACUAAACUUAAAAAAGUAAUGGAUGCAACAAUCAAAUCCACUGUGAAAAAUCUAAAAGCAAGAUUCAGUAGUCUCCUAGAGGAGAGUGCUUCUGAGUCAGCCACAACCAAAGCUGUCAAAUGCUUCAACAUUUUCAAUCAUGAUAGCUGGCCAGAGAACAAAGAGGAUUUAGUGGACCAUGGUGCUGAUGACCUUGCUUUUCUCUUGGAUCACUUCUCCACAGUGCUGAGAAGAAAUGGUGUAAACGCAGAGCUUGCAAAAGAAGAGUUUGUAAGUUUGAAGCUGUUAAUUGCCAAGAUGUUCAAAGACAAGACCUACCUCAGCCUUUGGGAGCUCAUGUUGACCAGAGAGCCGUACUGCUCAGAGCACAAGGUCAGUUUUGGUUGA